CUCUCGCCCCCCACGCCCGGCCAGUUUCCAUUCACUCCGAGGCGCUUGAUUGAGCGUCGCGGAGAAGGGCUCCGGGUGCCACGGCGCUGCAAGGCGGAGGAUUCCUUUACAAAGAAACUCCGAGGACCGGGAAGAAGGAAUUUCACCGCUGGGACGCUCUAGAAAUUAAGGUCUUCUGGGAAAGGGCUAGAGACGCACGCGGAGCCAAAGCGGUAGCAAAUUGAUUUUUCCGUGCUGAUCUCUCCCCACCUCGGUAUUUCCCUUGGAUAUUAACUUGAAAAUCUGAAGAAAUGGCAUUCCAGGCAAUAUGCAUGUUGGCCGGAGUAUUUGUUUGUUCUAUCAGUGUAAAAGGAUCUCCUCAGCCCCAAGCAAGAGUUUUUUUAACAUUUGAUGAGCUCCGAGAAACCAAGACCUCGGAAUACUUCAGCCUGUCUCACCACCCUUUAGACUAUAGGAUAUUAUUGAUGGAUGAAGAUCAGGACCGGAUAUAUGUGGGCAGCAAAGAUCACAUUCUUUCUUUGAAUAUUAACAAUAUAAGUCAAGAAGCUUUGAGUGUUUUCUGGCCAGCUUCUACAAUCAAAGUUGAAGAGUGCAAAAUGGCUGGCAAAGAUCCCACACAUGGCUGUGGGAACUUUGUUCGUGUCAUUCAAGCUUUCAACCGCACUCACCUGUACGUCUGUGGGAGUGGUGCGUUCAGCCCAGUCUGUACUUAUUUGAACAGAGGGAGAAGGUCAGAGGACCAAGUUUUCAUCAUUGACUCCAAGUGUGAAUCUGGAAAAGGACGCUGCUCUUUCAACCCCAAUGUGAACACAGUAUCUGUGAUGAUCAAUGAGGAACUUUUCUCUGGAAUGUAUAUAGAUUUCAUGGGGACAGAUGCUGCUAUUUUUCGAAGUUUAACUAAGAGGAAUGCAGUCAGAACUGAUCAACACAAUUCCAAAUGGCUAAGUGAACCGAUGUUUGUGGAUGCACAUGUCAUCCCAGAUGGAACUGAUCCAAAUGAUGCUAAGAUUUACUUCUUCUUCAAAGAGAAACUGACUGACAAUAGCAGAAGCACAAAGCAGAUUCAUUCCAUGAUUGCUAGAAUAUGUCCUAAUGACACGGGUGGACUGCGGAGCCUUGUCAACAAGUGGACCACCUUCUUAAAGGCGAGGCUGGUGUGCUCCGUCACGGAUGAAGAUGGCCCAGAAACACACUUCGACGAAUUAGAGGAUGUGUUUCUGCUUGAAAGUGAUAACCCAAGAACAACACUAGUGUAUGGCAUUUUUACAACAUCAAGCUCAGUUUUUAAAGGAUCAGCAGUGUGUGUGUAUCAUUUAUCUGAUAUACAGACUGUGUUUAAUGGUCCUUUUGCCCACAAAGAGGGGCCCAAUCAUCAGCUGAUUUCCUAUCAGGGUAGAAUUCCAUAUCCUCGGCCUGGAACUUGCCCAGGAGGAGCAUUUACACCCAAUAUGAGAACCACCAAGGAGUUCCCAGACGACGUGGUCACUUUUAUUCGGAACCAUCCUCUCAUGUACAAUUCCAUCUACCCAAUCCACAAAAGGCCUUUGAUCGUGCGGAUAGGCACUGACUACAAGUACACCAAGAUAGCUGUGGAUCGAGUGAAUGCUGCUGAUGGCAGAUACCAUGUCCUGUUUCUUGGAACAGAUCGGGGCACCGUGCAGAAGGUGGUGGUUCUUCCCACAAACAGCUCUGCGGGCGGUGAGCUCAUUCUGGAGGAGCUGGAAGUCUUUAAGAAUCAUGUUCCGAUAACAACAAUGAAAAUUUCAUCCAAAAAGCAACAGUUGUAUGUGAGCUCCAAUGAAGGGGUGUCCCAAGUGUCUCUGCAUCGCUGCCACAUCUACGGCACAGCCUGCGCCGACUGCUGCCUGGCCAGGGACCCUUACUGUGCCUGGGACGGCCAUUCCUGCUCUCGGUUCUACCCCACCGGGAAGCGGAGGAGCCGAAGACAAGAUGUGAGACAUGGCAAUCCAUUGACCCAAUGCAGAGGAUUUAAUCUGAAAGCAUAUAGAAAUGCAGCUGAAAUUGUUCAGUAUGGAGUAAAAAAUAACACCACUUUCCUUGAGUGUGUCCCCAAGUCUCCACAGGCAUCUGUCAAGUGGUUGCUGCAGAAAGACAAAGACAGGAGGAAAGAGGUCAAGCUAAAUGAACGCAUCAUAGCCACUUCACAAGGGCUCCUAAUCCGCUCCAUUCAGGAUUCUGACCAAGGACUGUAUCACUGCAUUGCAACAGAAAACAGCUUCAAGCAGACCAUAGCCAAGAUCAACUUUAAAGUUUUGGAUUCUGAAAUGGUAGCUGUUGUAACAGACAAAUGGUCCCCAUGGACCUGGGCCAGCUCUGUGAGGGCUUUACCCUUCCACCCAAAGGACAUCCUGGGGGCAUUCAGCCACUCAGAAAUGCAGAUGAUUAAUCAAUACUGCAAAGACACCCGGCAGCAACAUCAACAUGGAGAAGAACCCCAGAAGAUGAGAGGGGACUAUGGCAAGUUAAAGGCUCUCAUCAAUAGCCGGAAAAGUAGAAACAGGAGGAAUUGGUUGCCAGAGUCAUAAUGUUUUCUUACAUGGGGCUCAUGCUUUCUGUGGUCUUCAAUGGUCUGUCUGUCUUCAGUGAUCAAAUUCUGAACAAAGAAUCUUAUUUUUACCCAUGGGAAGUCCCCAAGAAAGGUGAUUACACACUCCUAAAACGAAUGUUACAUGAACUGAAAUGAGCAUGCAUCUACGUGUAUGAUAUUGACUAGCACUAGACAUGUCAUGGUCCUCAUGGUGCAUAUAAAUAUUUAAAUUAACCUAGAUUUUAUUUAUGUUCUUAUUUACCUUUUAUUCAAAUCCAUGUGUUGGUUAUAAAACUAGAAUUCUUAUAUCCCUUGAUUGAACGAGGGCCAUAACCCUGUGAUCUUGUUUCCUUGCUUUAAAGCUUUCUAACUGUCACUGAUUUCAUAUAUGAAAACAAAUACCAAGUCCACAACUUUUACUUGGUAAAAGUUAUAUAAAUGCAUGUGACAGAGUAGCUGUCAAAUAAAUGUAUAGCAGAAAGAAAAGACAAGGGAGAGAGCAUCUAAGAGUUACCUAAAACAAAAGUGGAUCAUGAAGAAAAAAAGAAGAGUUGAUAUGCUUCUAGUAAAAUAUGUUGUUGGCUACUUUUAAUUUUGUAAAAAUUGUCAGUUGCUGACAUUGUUUCAGGAAGAUAAAAUGAAUGACUUUCACAAUAAAUGUCUUUGAUUGGAGUUAUGUCAGUGAAGCAUUUAAGUUUAUUCUUAUGUUAUCAUCUUCCAAACAAAAGCACUUUUUUUGGAAGUCAUUUAAGUUAUUCUAGACUCAUAUUGUUUAAUAAAUUAUUGAGUUCAUUCUAAUUUUUUAGUCUGUGUGGCAAAUUAAACAAUAUAAGAAUAAAAUUUUAAAAACAUAUUGAACUUGUAUAUGAGGGGUAAAACCAUCAA